AUGGCUUGGUUUACUCAAUGUAGGCAAAAUAAUAUUCCAUUAUCAGGACCUAUUUUAAAAGAAAAAUCUAAGUUGUUUGCUGCCAACUUAGGUAUCGCAAAUUUUCAAGCUAGUGAGGGUUGGUUGGAAAAAUUUAAAAAACGUCAUGAUUUAACUUUCAAAAAAGUAUGUGGAGAGAGUGCAAGUGUUGACCCGUGCAUUUCACAAGAUUGGAAAAAUGAGUUAAUCAAUCUAUUGGUUGAUUAUGAUGCUAGGGAUAUUUUUAAUGCCGAUGAGACCGGACUUUUUUACAAAUGUUUACMAGAUCGCACUUUGACAUUUAAAAACGAAAAAUGUCAUAGUGGUAAAAAUAGUAAAGAAUGGAUAACAGUGAUKUUGGCCGCGAACAURGAUGGAUCCCAGAAACUUGCCGUUAAUGAUCGGAAAAUUUGCUAA